UGCUGUCGGGCAGGCGGCGUCGGCGGCGCGGCACGGAUCGGCGAACUACAAAGCCCGGCGGCCCCGACAGCUGGCAAAGACCGAUAAACUUUGAGCGGACCCGUGAGAGAGAAAGAAAAAAAAAUCUCUCUUUGUCUUGAGGGUGCUCCUGGGUGGUCGCGACACUGGGCUCUGUGCGCUGGGAAAGGGAAGCGGAGGUCUCUGAAAAAUGAAUUUGGCUGAGAUUUGUGACAACGCAAAGAAAGGAAGAGAAUAUGCACUUCUUGGAAAUUAUGACUCAUCAAUGGUGUAUUACCAGGGGGUCAUCCAGCAGAUUCAGAGACAUUGCCAAUCAAUCAGAGACCCAGCUGUCAAAGGCAAAUGGCAGCAGGUUCGACAGGAAUUAUUGGAAGAAUAUGAGCAAGUUAAAAGUAUUGUCAGUACUUUAGAAAGUUUCAAAAUCGACAAGCCCCCAGAUUUCCCUGUGUCCUGUCAAGAAGAGCCAUUUCGAGACCCGGCUGUGUGGCCACCACCUGUUCCUGCAGAACACAGAGUUCCACCUCAGAUCAGGCGUCCCAAUCGAGAAGUAAGGCCUCUGAGGAAAGAGAUGGCAGGAGUCGGAGCCCGGGGCCCUGUAGGCCGAGCACAUCCCAUAUCAAAGAGUGAGAAACCUUCUACGAGUAGGGACAAGGACUGUAGAGCAAGAGGGAGAGAUGACAAGGGAAGGAAAAAUAUGCAAGAUGGCGCAAGUGAUGGUGAAAUCCCCAAAUUUGACGGUGCCGGAUAUGAUAAGGAUCUGGUGGAAGCUCUGGAGAGAGACAUCGUUUCCAGGAACCCUAGCAUCCAUUGGGACGACAUAGCGGAUCUGGAGGAGGCCAAGAAGCUGCUGAGGGAGGCUGUGGUCCUGCCCAUGUGGAUGCCCGACUUCUUCAAAGGGAUCCGGCGGCCAUGGAAAGGUGUGCUAAUGGUUGGGCCCCCAGGCACUGGUAAGACUAUGUUAGCCAAAGCCGUUGCCACUGAAUGUGGCACAACGUUCUUCAACGUGUCCUCUUCCACGCUGACGUCUAAGUACAGAGGGGAAUCUGAGAAGUUAGUCCGUCUGUUGUUUGAAAUGGCCAGAUUCUAUGCUCCUACCACCAUCUUCAUUGAUGAGAUAGAUUCCAUCUGCAGUCGAAGAGGAACUUCUGAUGAACACGAGGCAAGUCGCAGAGUCAAGUCUGAGCUGCUGAUCCAGAUGGAUGGGGUCGGAGGAGCUUUAGAAAGUGAUGAUCCUUCCAAGAUGGUGAUGGUUUUGGCUGCUACUAAUUUCCCGUGGGACAUUGAUGAAGCAUUGCGGAGGAGAUUAGAAAAAAGAAUAUACAUCCCUCUUCCCACAGCCAAAGGAAGAGCCGAGCUGCUGAAGAUCAGUCUCCGCGAGGUGGAGCUGGACCCUGACAUUCAGCUGGAAGACAUAGCAGAGAAGAUUGAGGGCUAUUCCGGAGCUGACAUCACCAAUGUUUGCAGGGAUGCCUCCUUAAUGGCCAUGAGGCGGCGGAUCAACGGCCUAAGUCCAGAAGAGAUCCGUGCGCUUUCCAAAGAGGAGCUCCAGAUGCCUGUGACCAGAGGAGACUUCGAGUUGGCGCUUAAGAAAAUUGCCAAGUCUGUGUCUGCUGCAGACUUGGAGAAGUAUGAAAAAUGGAUGGUUGAAUUUGGAUCCGCUUGAAUUUUUGUCAGCUCUUUGAUUUCUGAUAGUUUUGUUUAUAAAAAUGUGAAAAAAAAAACCUGCAAUUUUUUUUAAACAGGUUCAGAAUUCUUCAUUGGAGACUUGUACUUACGGGGGGGAAAAAAAACCCAAAACACUAAAACCACAAAGAAUCCUAAUGCAAUUAUAAGAAAAGCUUACAAAGAGGGCCUGCUGAUCUCUCUGUCCCGGCUUCAUGCUGACAUCCCUUCCAUGUCUCAGGCCUUUAACACCGGGCAGCCUACCAGUAUGCAGGGAGACUGAAGGAAAAGACCACGUGCUGUUACAGGAACUUGUUUCCAAAACACGGAGAGGGACCUGUGUGUCUCACAGGUUUUUGUCUUUUGAUUUGUUUUGAUUCGUUCAGGUGUGAGCAUGAGAGCCCUUUAUAUGUUGACUUUUCCAAAAUUCAUUACUUGAUCUCAAGGGACAAAUGAUAGUAAAUUUUAGAGGAAUGAAUGAAUUUGCUAGUUAAACCUUCUGGUUUCCAUCGUUAAUUCCCAUCAGUCUAGCCUAUGGGUAAACUGCUUCUCCUCCCUCCCCAUUUAUCCUAUUAGUUGUAUAACUGUGUCUUGAGCUUACCUGAGACAUAGCCUCAUGCUCUGUGGUUGGCAGUCAUUUUGCUGGGUUGUUUCUCUGGUCCUGAGUGUGUACUGGCGGUACUUUUGUUUCCUGUUGGGAAGGUGGGGAGGAUUCUCUGCUACAGGAGAUGCGCUUCUAUGUUCUAGACUUCCAAGUCUGUCUUCACCGUCCUCAAAGAAGAGCCGUAAUUUUGCUCCGCUCCGACCUGGCUUUAUUUCUGUAAGGUUGGACUAAUAACACCAAGGUACUCUAAGCAAGUCCACUCUCUAUGGCUAAUGCAAGACAAAGUCUUGGAAACUUUUCAGAUCGCUUGUUUAAUUAAACAGCAUCAUACAUAGAAUAAUACUCAUUUUAAGUUGUCAGGGUUUCUCCUUAUCCAAGUUGAGAACUUGAAAACAUGAUUAGGAUAGAAGUCUCACACAUGCGCGCAGUUCGUCAGAACUAGACAAUACAAAGCCACCAGAGGAGAUAAGUGCCACGGAUCUGGUUUUUGUGAUUACAUUGAUCCUGUUUUGGUUAUUAGGCAGUCUGUGCUGUAAUGAUCAAGCUUUCUAAGAUAAAAAUUUGGUGAUGCCCUGAAUUCUUAUUUUUGGAUAGCAUCUGUUGGUUUCAAACUAAAAAUAAUGUAGCUGUUAGGUACUUUGAAAGAAUAUCUUCUAAAGAUAUUUCCUUUUCUACCUACUAAUAGCUAUCAUUAAUGCCUGUGUUCUUUUCAGAGAGGUUACCUGGUUCUCCUUAUGCCCCAGCAUUCAUCUGAGGCUGUAGAACACCUCUUAUUUGAGGCACAGAUUAUAGUUCAGGUCAUAAGGCAACCUGAUUUCAUUGUCAUUGAAUUAAUUUGUCUUGAAAACUGAGCUUUGUUAUUGAUUCAUGAACUUUUAAAAUACACUAAUAAGUAACCCCAUUUAAAAUGACCCCAUGAACUGUUGCAAUCCAGUAAUAUAUGUUUUUCCUAAAUUCUUAGGAGUAAUCAGUUCAAACUUGCUUGUAUUUCACUUGAUUAGUUGGCCUUCUCCUGGGCUUUGUGUUAAUUAUCUCGGCAUGCUUUUAACUUUUCCUCUGAAUUCUUUAUAGAUUGUAAUUUUUUUUUUUUAUUGCCAGGUAAGCAGUAUUUGGAGACUUCUGAAAGCUUUUUUUUCUUUCCCCUCUUUUUUCUUUUGCUCUAUCUAUAGAUUAUGUGAGUGGUUUGUGUAUCCUAAACCCCUUUAUCUUCCUUGCCUAUGCAUUGUCUUCAUUGCAUAAUAGAGUGUGUUGCUUUACUUUGAA